CGGGCUAAAAGUAGAGGUGUUCAUCCACAACUGAAAAAAAAAAGGCUGUUUCAGAUGUGGCACAUAGAUUUGCUGAGAAGGAGCGCAAGUUGUGUACUGUGUGUCAAGUCAGUGUGUAAGAGAGUGAGCAGCAGAGUGUGACAGUGGGAGAGGCUGAAGGAGGACCAGCCCAUGUGAGCUUCUACUCUGCUCCAUCCAGUCCCUCACACUCCUCCUCACUCCUGUCUCUUCUGCUGGGCUUCCAUUGACUGGCACCACAGCUGUGUGUGUGACCCUCAUCGGGAACAUCUGCACAGGCUCCCGUCGCGCCCACUAGUGGAAACCCUGCGCGUUGCAGUCCGGCUGCCCAUCGCUGACAGCGGAGCUCAACAAUCUAAAGUGUUCCGAGGAGGCUUUACAACUAAGUGGUCGCACCUAGAUGACUUAAACCAGGCGAAACAUGAAUCAGACACGUUGGGACCUCUUUUGUGAGUAAAAACAGAACUCGUCACCCAUCUGGCUCAACGAUGGAAGUUUCCCAUUCCAUGUAUGAUGCGGACGGCUCCGCGGUCGACUCGGAGACCCCCGGCGCAGGGUACCUGCUGCGCAUCUUUCGCAAGUACCAGAACAACUCUGUCAUCAUGGAGCACUACAACUACACAGGGAAGCUGAAGGAAGACAAGUACCAGCAGGGUUGGAAACCGGAUUCCGUCGUGUUUCUGAUCAUCUGCCUGCUCAUCGUGCUGGAGAAUGCUGUGGUGUUGGUGGCCAUCUGGAGGAACAAGAAGUUCCACCUGCCCAUGUACUACCUCCUGGGCAAUCUGACUCUGUCCGACCUGCUCGCGGGAUUCACCUACAUGGUCAACAUUGUGCUGUCGGGUUCGUAUACGCUCAGGCUCACUCCGGUGCUGUGGUUCAUACGGGAGGGGGGCGUCUUCAUUACUCUGGCAGCCUCCAUCAUCAGCCUGCUGGCCAUUGCCAUCGAGCGCCACGUCACUAUGGUCAACAUGAAGCCCUACCAUGGGGACAAGAGGGGCCGGAUAUUCAUGCUGAUUGGCGCUAGCUGGGUGCUGUCGGUGCUGCUCGGCGUGCUGCCCAUCAUGGGCUGGAACUGCAUAGGGAGCCUGGAGACAUGUUCCACGGUGUUGCCGCUCUUUGACAAGAGCUACAUCGUCUUCUGCAUCUCCAUCUUCAUUGCCAUCCUGAUGGCCAUCGUGGCUCUGUAUGCGCGCAUCUUCUACACAGUGCGAGCCAACACACAGCGGCUAGGCACGCUACGCACGGGUCAGGCCCGCAAGUCACGCAAGUGCAUGGCCCUGCUCAAGACGGUCACCAUCGUCCUGGGCGUCUUCAUCGCCUGCUGGCUGCCGCUCUUCGCGUUGUUGCUGCUGGACUCCUGCUGUGCAGCACGCGAGUGCGAUGUGCUCCUCAAGGCUGAUUACUUCCUGGGCAUUGCCAUGUUCAACUCUCUGCUGAACCCCAUCAUCUACACCCUCACCAGCAGGGACAUGCGGCGAGCCAUCGUGCGGCUGCUCUGCCGCCGCUGCUUGAUGACAAAGGACGGGCACAUGAAGAAGAUUGGCAUUCUCUUCCUGGAGUGCAGCACCAGCAAGACAGAGGUGGCCUCGCAUCGGCUCGAGGGCUUAGAGACAACGGUCUCCACGGGAAACAUCACAGCAUCACCCAUAAAGGACCUGUGCGCCAGGGCGAUGAAAUCCUGAGCAUUUCCUGACUGUGAAGAGCAAACGUUCCUUGUAUCAGGACUCUGCUCAAAGUAUAUGCCAGGAACAGCUUUUAUUUGGUCAUUUCCCGAGCAGAACAUUUUCUCCAAAGAAGCUAAACCACUCGCGAUUGCAUCCCUCAGCACCCGUGGGGUCUGAACUUGCAGCGACAAUGUCGAGAAAGUCUCCUGAAUCCUGCACGCAACAGGAACUCGGCAGUUGCCGAUAAAUUGCCUCAGCUAAUUUGAACGAGACAGCUUUCCGAAAUGGUCCUAUGCGCGAUGGACGAUUAGAGCGAAAUAGAUGUUCCUGCGGCGCUGAAAGAGUCGGUGACUGAGGUCACCUGGGAUGUCGGACGCUCACCCGUCCAAAACGGAGUCAUUUAUGAGCGUUUCAUAUUGUCGAGGCUGAGUCAGGCAGCUCAUACUGCUCUAUAAAUUAAUAGGUAGGGUGUGUGUUGGAAAUGAUGCAGCUGUAGCUGAGCUCGUGAGCUGCUGGGCGGAUGUAGACCACUGCAAAACACACACGCAGUCAGCAAAUACAACGUGCAGAAAUUAAACACUUCGGGUUUAUGGGGGGAUGGCUUGUUGUAUAUUAAAAUCGAUGCGCGGCACAUUUACGUACUUCUCCCUCUCCUUUUUCAUAGACACGAUAGUGGUGCUCUUGGGGCUUUCAUGACAUGAUAGCAUUUUUCUUUUUUAAAUAUAAGCCUUGAUAAGAAGAAACCUUCUGCCAAACUGAUUGAACUCCAACAUAUGCAGAGACUCACAAGCCAAAUGUUGCCUUUUUUUUCUUGACCUGAUACCUAACAGGCUGAGAAGCUUUGCAGUUGUGUUGCUGGAUGUUUUACUGUACAGUAGAAUAUACAUUUAUAUUUGUAACCCUUCAGUAACCGGGGCAGCUACUCUGUUUGGACCUAAAGGUCGCAGGUUCAAAUUCCACCUCCAGCUG